UUGGGUGCAAUAGGUGUUUCAAAAGUGUGUGAUGAGACAGAAAGGUUUAGCAAAUGUGAGAGAGAGGUAGAGAGACACGUGCACACACUGGCAUAGACAGACAGAGAGAGAGAGAGAGAAAGAGAGCGAGAGCUACAACAGGAUAUUUUGUCACUAUGGUUACUGGCAGCAGAUACGGAUCUUGAUUUCUGUAUGUCAUGCUGCUCACAUUCAGGACGGACAGAGUGUUUGUAGUGCUGUCAGGACAGCCCUUAUAAUUUAGAUAACCUUUGCACAAGAAGUUUCACGUCUUCUGGAUGAAUGUGACUUCAGCAAAUCGGACGGAAAAGUAUUUCAUCGGUGAGUCGCUGGUUCCUAAAAUAUCAAGAUGGGUUCUACCGCUGCACCUGUGACCCUCACCUCCCCAUCCACCAACAAUGACUCUAAUGAGACUACCUGUGACACCCUAUACGCCCACCGGGAGUACGCCAGGGUGCUCAUGCCUCUUUUCUACUGCGUCGUGUUCGUGGUGGGGCUGCUCGGUAACUGCCUCGCACUCUACGUCAUCCGCCCCAAUCUGAAGAAGAUCAACUCCACCACCUUGUACUCUCUCAACCUGGUCGUCUCCGACAUCCUCUUCACCAUCUCUCUGCCCGUGAGGAUUGUCUACUACGCUAUGGGCUUCCACUGGCCUAUGGGCGAGAUGCUGUGCAAGAUAUCGGGCCUCAUCUUCUACAUCAACACCUACGCAGGGGUCAAUUUUAUGACCUGUCUCAGCGUAGACCGUUUCAUCGCCGUGGUGCUGCCUCUUCGUUUCGGGAGAUUCAGGAAGGUCAGCAACGUGCGCUGGAUUUGCGUCGGCGUGUGGGUGCUGGUCCUGGCGCAGACCCUUCCCCUCGUGGGCAUGCCCAUGACCAACGAGGAACCCGAUGGCUUCAUCACCUGUAUGGAAUACCCCAACUUUGAGAAGGUCGACCACAUCGCCACUAUACUGAUCGGUGCCGUCUUCCUUGGUUACGUCGUGCCUGUGCUGACCAUCCUUGUGUGCUACUCCGUCUUGUGCUCCAAACUCCACCUGUCAGCCAAAUCCAACCAUUUGACGGAAAAGUCCGGCCGGAGCCAAAAGGCCAUCGGCGUGAUCUGCUGCGUGUCCCUGGUCUUCGUCGUCUGUUUCAGCCCCUAUCACAUUGACAUCCUGCAGUACAUGAUCCGCAAACUGGUGUCGAGCCCCGACUGCGCCGAUCUCACGGCCUUUCAGGUGUCGCUGCACAUCACCGUGUGUCUGAUGAACCUCAACUCCUGUUUGGAUCCUUUUAUCUACUUCUUUGCCUGUAAGGGCUACAAGAGGAAACUGUGGAAGCUGCUGAGGCUGCGGGUCAGCAUGUCCUUCUCCAGCGCAGUGAGGACGUCACCUGAAGGCUCCUCCAAGGACAUUAUAGACGGCAACAAGAUCCCACUCAACAGUACUGUAGGCUCAACCAGUGAGAGAUUCACAGAAAGAAGUUUCAACGGGAAGAGUAAAAGAGAGAACUGAAACACCAAGAAUUACACAAGAUGAAAGGACCUUUUACGCAUGGGCCUACUUAAAUCAGGACCUGUCGAGUAGCGUCUCAAACAAAUUGUUUUGAACAUUGAAAUGGACUCACUUAGCAGCUACGCAGCAUCUGGAUCCAUAGAAAUCCAGCUAUUUUGGACAAAAUUUGUUUACAUAAGGAAAGGUUUUUAAAAGGUCUCAUUCAGCACUUCCUGUGUUUACAUAUUUUCUUAUUAGUAUUAGUGAAUUUCUCAGGAAGGCGGAGAUGACUGCAGCUAAGGAAAGACAAGAGGAUACUUUCCCAUAAAGCAUGCUUGUCUCUUGCCCAUUGACUGAGCACUGAUGAGGAAGAGCAUGAAGCAGAGCAUGUUGGGAGUGGACAGUCGAGUUGACAUAAAGUCAUACCCACAUUCAAACUUCUACGGACUGGAAAAGUAGUGAAAGCUUAGCUCAUGGACAGAGUGUGAAGAUUGAAGCAGUGUGCUCACCUGAAAAAAAAUUUCUGAAAGCAACAACGUAAUAUUUGCAACCGGACAAUGACCUCACUUCUGAUCCCAUUCUCAGUGUAUUUUUCAACCUGGACUCUAUUUUCACAUGGUUUUAUGUCUAACUGACUAAUAAGGACAACAAUUUCUGAAAUUGGUCCAGUAUUGAGGGGGAGCUGUCGACGGCAGCUGCUCACAGGCUGUAAUAUGGUGCUAUUGGGGCAAGCUGGCACCAUCAUUUACAUCCAGUAAAAGUGCUUGUUUCUGCCAUGACAGACUCUGAUUGUUAUAUUAAGCAAAAGGUCAAGAAAAUGUUUUAUUUCUCUGUAGGGUCCUUUCCAUAAUGCUGUCAGACACUUAUAAUAACAAUCUGAACCUGUCAGUGGCUAAAAAAAGAACACUUUCUUUUGAACGCAACGUUACAUUGACGCUGCUUACUUGCCCUCGCAGCUUAUUUCACAGCGCUGGUUAUAGUGUUAGCCCUCAAUACUGGACCAAUUUCAGAAAUUGUUAGUUGUGUCACUUAGACACAAAAACAUGAAGUCAGACUCACAAUCUAAGGUUUUUUGCUUCAAGUUUCAGUUGAGUAGUUGUAAUAUCUCAGGAAAGUGUACAUUCAUUAUUUCAACUGCCUGCCAACUGAAUUAAUCUCAAUUGGCUGGAAAAGCACCAAAUAUUUGUCUGUCUUAACAUUCAUUUCCUUGUGAUAAAAGUGGGUGUGGUCUAUGAUUUCAUUUAAUUUAAAGGGGCCCUGUGGAGUUUUCUUGUGAACAUACAGAAGUUAUGUUUACAUUAAGUGCAUAAUGCAAUGUGUGUAUCCUUCAGGUCUAACAAAUGUGAUGAGUGCAUUUCAUUCCUCAUUAAACAUUUGCAAAGAA